AUGAAAAGAAAAUUAAUUAUUGGUGUGUUAAUUAUAUCACAGAUCCUUUUUGUUUUUGGGCAAUCAACAACUAAAAACUUCACGACAGAAAGUUCGACACUUUCAUCCCUAUCUACCUCGGAGAGCACGUUGUCUCCAUCUUUUUCAACUUCAUCUGUCCAAACAAUCACAGCAGACCCCUUUAAUCCUGAUCCGGUUAUCUACCCUUACAACACGGUUCAAGUGCCGUCGAAUAAUGGAACAUGGCAAAUUUGUGCACAAGGAAAUACAACUUAUGUUAGUUAUAGUAUAAAAGUAGUCAGCGAUUCGUCUCCGUUGACUCCGGAUUAUGGAACCACAAAUUAUGGUCAACCAAGCCCUAUCCCUUCGGCCCCGACAGUGGGUGUCGUAGUAAGGGUUGUGUAUUCCGAUGGAUUGAGAUUCAUUCCAUCGUUAUCAUGUUACAGUGACAUUGUUACAGAAUGCGAUCAAGAUACAGGAACGAUUUCAAUCAAAGAUAGCGAUGGGUAUUGUUUGCAGAUAAUAAAUCCCGGACCGCUUGAUCAAAAGGUCAAUGUCACUGUGAGCUUCAACAGCACGGUGUUUAAGAACAAAUUUACCAGUGAGAAUAAGCCAGGUGGAAACUCCAAACAUUUAACUGAUCAUUCGGACAGUGGUGCUUCGGUAAAUUACAAAAGUACAUUUGGGGCACUGGUGAUUCUAUUUGUGUCCUCGUGGCUUGUAUCCGAUUGUUUAUAA